AAACCCCUUUCUUUUCUCCAAUAAUCUCUCUCUCUCUCUCUGACUCUGCCGGCCUUUCACUCUUCCAUUUUUCCACCCACUCACACUCUCUGUUUUACCCUUUUCUUUUCUAUCAUAUAUAUAUACACACACUAUAUAUAUAGUACGAGUAUUAUUUUAUUAUUGUAAUCUCACAUCCAUUUGGCUUUCUUUUUAUAUCUGACUAUUUUCGUUUCAUUUCAUUGGAUGACGACGACUACUACUACUUAGGUCCAUUUUUAUUUUUUCUUAACAAAUUGACAUCAUCUCUGCAUUUCGCUUUCAUUUCCUCAUUUAGGAAUAAUGGCGAAGAUCUCUCAAAAGAAAAUUGAUUCUUCUUCUUCAUCAUCAAGUACCAACACCACCACUACUACUAAAACAGCUGUUAUUAACAACAACAAAAAAACCACCAAAAGAACUCGUAAAACUGUUCAACGUGAUUCGCCUCCUCAACGCAGCUCUAUUUAUAGAGGCGUCACCAGGCAUAGAUGGACUGGUCGAUAUGAAGCUCAUUUGUGGGAUAAGAAUUGUUGGAAUGAAUCACAAAAUAAAAAAGGACGCCAAGUGUAUCUAGGGGCCUACGAUGAUGAAAAAGCCGCUGCACAUGCGUAUGACUUGGCUGCAUUGAAGUAUUGGGGACAAGAUACCAUUCUCAAUUUCCCUCUUGACACAUAUGAAGAGGAGGUUAGAGAAAUGGAGAGUUUGUCAAAAGAGGAGUAUAUCGGAUCCUUAAGAAGAAAAAGUAGCGGUUUUUCACGUGGAGUAUCUAAAUACAGAGGCGUAGCCAGGCACCAUCAUAAUGGCAGAUGGGAGGCUCGUAUAGGUCGUGUUUUUGGUAACAAGUAUUUAUAUCUUGGGACAUACGCUACUCAAGAAGAAGCAGCAACCGCAUAUGACAUGGCAGCAAUAGAAUACCGUGGACUUAACGCUGUUACAAAUUUUGACCUCAGCCGUUAUAUCAAGUGGUUAAGACCUAACAAAUCAGAUCCCAAAGACCCAAACGGUAUUGAAACUAACUUUGAACCUAACCCCAGUAGUCAAGAUCCAGGGUUAACAUUUUACAACAGCAACCAACCGGAAAGUUCAAGCUCUGGCGAUACAACUACCACCGUAGCUCCUCCACCAAGUGGUGGUACCACUGCUACCUCAGCCUUAGGGUUACUGUUUCAAUCAACAAAGUUUAAGGAAAUGCUGGAAAGGACGUCGGCAGCCGACUCACCAUCGACACCGCCAGAGUCUGACUUGCCACGACGCAGCUUUCCUGCCGAUAUACAAACGUAUUUCGACUGUCAUGAAUCGAGUAGCUAUGCUGAAGGCGAAGAUAAUAUUUUCGCUGAUCUGAAUUCAUUUGCCUCGCCUAUGUUUCAAUGUGAGCUAGACGCAUAACCAUGUUGUUUGGGAUUGCGUUUUGGAAGAGAUUAUAUUAUCACGUUAGACACAAAUAGUAAAAGAAGAAAGUAUUCCAAAAAUCAAAAAAUGACGGAGAGAUGCAAUUUUCAAUAAGCAAGCUGAUACUUGCUUCUUUAAAACGUUGUACUCUAAAUGCAAUCCCAAACUCCUCCGGAAGAUCAAGCGAGCUGAAUGGUGAUUGUGAUCUGAGAGGCUUCGGACGUUGUUGACCAGCAACAAUGAUCUUAGUUUUUUGUUACUGUUUUAUCUGAUGCAUGGCUUUACUAGAUGAUAACUAUAUUCAUUUUUUCUUUCUUUGGUUAAAAAUCAUUUGUAACUGUAGAUAUCUUAUGAGAAGUAGACAUUCAUUUAGUUCUAUA